AGAUCUUAUCUUCUGACCUGACAAAGUAAGGGAUCACGGUGUAAAUUUGGUGGCUUUACAACAAAGAAUGCAUAGAAUUUCAGUAGCUCUCCUAGUUUUUCUGUCUUGCUUACGUACGCAUGGACUUCUUUUGGAUGAGGACAAGCUCGAACCAAUGAAGUUCAGCGAGUCUGCUCAUGGCCCAAAGAUCACUCUGUCUGAAAACGACACCGUUGCUACGAGAUAUGAAGGUUACUGUUGGUCUGUGUGUCUUACUGAUCGUCCACUUCGUGUUGGACAAACACUACAUUUCAAUAUAUCUGAAAUCGAAACUGGAUGGAUGGCAAACCUGAACGUAGGGAUAAUCUAUACGUCGCCGGAUAGCUUACCGCUUGGUAGCUUAGUAACCUGUGACGCUAAUCUAAGCGUAUCGAUUCCGAACACGGAGGUGUUCAUAUUCGAGAAGUUUUAUUCUUCUGAUAAUUUGUACAGUUUCAGAGUAGAUAACGAAGGAAAAGCAUACCUGUCACCAAACGUAACGUCUGAUAACGUGGUUUUUAUAGGCGUUGACGUUAAGAAGACGUUUUGGGCCAUAUUCAACAUCUUUGGAGAUAGUAAAGCUGUGAAAUUGCUUGGAUUGAAUUAACAUUCCGCAUGAGCUUGAUUUGAUAAUUAUACAGUUAUAUAAAGUUAUUGGAAAACAAACAAUGUUUGUCAACGCUGCUACAGAGAUGGUGAUCAAUGAAAUAAAGAUUAAGAACGAGUUGCUUUCUAAGGUCAAGAAAUUAAACAUUGAUACUUUAAUAAUACCUUAAUAGCUUGCAUUUGGACAGCAUAUAAACGUUUUUAACCAUGUUAUAGAUUGGUUAGUAGUUAAUUAAUUUAACGUUGUUGAAAUCAUUUAUCUCUAACAUUCACUAAUAAAUGCUCCGUCAAUGGUCACAAUUUAAUGUUAAUAUCAUCUCUGAGUUUUACUGAAACGCUGAACGUUCAAUAAUUGUGCCAUACUACGUUGCUUCUGCAUAUUUGUUUGUGUUUGUACUUCUGGGUUUAUCAUUGUGUAAUUAUGUUUACAUUUGCUCAACCUGUUUCCCCGUUUCCAUGGUGAAUGCUCUAUGUA